AUGGAUAUUCGUCUGCCUUCAAAAGAGGAGCUCUCCAGCUACAAUAAAAUUCCAAUCCCACGUCAGACACCAAAGGAAACUAUUGAAAACCUCCGCUCUCUAUGCAUGAAUAAGGAUCUGCAAACAUUCCAGCAUACAAUCAAACUGUUUCUCGCGAGAUCUGAACCUGGAUAUUUCUUUAUUGAGGAACUCGAAGAGGUGAUGAUAGAAGCAAUUAAACAUGACAACGUCGGAUUCGUUUCGACUCUCCUCUCCCAUGGCUUCCCGAUAAGCCCUUACUAUACUAUAGAGGCAACACUCCGGCACGCAAAAUGCGCUCUCCCAUUCGGAGAUCUCAGGCCUUCUGUGCUUGGUUACGCAGUUAAAGAUGAACAAUUGACUACCUGGUUGCUUGAUCAUGGUGCAGAUCCAAAUCAACAAUGCGAAAUUGACCGUACCCCUCUAUCUUAUGCCGUUCAGCUUGCGCCAAUUAGCACCAUCGAACUGAUGCUGAGUCGCGGAGGUGUUGUGCGAAAAGGACAGCUUCUUCAGUACGCUAUGUUCCGAGCUACGGAUCUCAAUAAUGUUAUAUCAUUGCUAGUUGAUAGAGGUGCCCCUUUGAACGCCACAAUGUAUGAGGACGGGAAUACUUUGAUGCGUUUCUGGCCCAUGAGCCUGGGGACUCCUUUGCAUAUAGCAGCUGAGCUCGGGAAAACGGAUGCAAUUGUGGCCAUCUGCUUAAGCUCGGGGCAGAUACCACGGUCAAGGAUGCGAAUGGCCGCACUGUCGUGGAGUGGGCACAAAAGUUGA